CAACAUGUGCAGUAUUACUCAUUGUUUUGAAGCGCAGUGUCUGCCAUAUUGAAACCGCUCGUAUAAAGCUAACCCGUCGAUCCGGCGACAGCAGCGGUUUGUUUCCACCCAUGGACAAAGACAAGAGUAGCGACAUUCAUGCUCAGUGUUCCUGGAUGGAGAUGCAUCAGUUCAUUGACCUCAUCACAUCUGGAAACGCCUCCAAGGAUCAGCCAGAUGUGUUAAACGCGGCGUGGGGCGUGGCUGCUGCCGGUGGCGGGAGUGAGGCUCUGGGGUUCAAAGGUGCUUCACUGGAACCUCUACAGCAACCAAGACCUGCCCGGGAUAAGUCAGAGACGGAGCCGGGCCGACAGAUCCAGCCCGGGGCGCCACAGAGGAAGCGAGAGACCAGAGACAGCAGAGAAGAUCUGCAUUAUGCCUGCACCUGCCCCGGCUGCCCUUACUCCACUUCCCCGUCUUCCUUUGACAUUUUAAAACCCAGACAGUCUUUGUCCUCGCCGCCACGCCCGGACGCGGUAUGCCACCACUUACCGGACACCGAACCGAGCAGCAGCACCGCCAGAUCCGAGCCAGAGAGCACGACGACCAGCCGACCGCAGAGGGACGAGGCAGACAGAGGGACUCGGAGCCCAGACCACAACUCCGACUCUCCACCCUCCAGAGCGUCCUCGGGCUCCUUGUCCCACCUCUCUAUGUUUCCCUGCUUGUGCUGCCAUCGCAGCCUCCAGGCCUGCAGCCAGAUCCUGAGCCAACAGGAAGGUGCAGACUCCCCGUUUUCUCACACCCACGCCCAUCAUCAUUUUCAUCACCACCACUGCCCCGUCACCUCUUGUUUACCCUGCCCUCAGCUUUCCCACUCCCAUCCUCCACAGAUCUCUGCCCCCUUUCCCUGCUUGCCUUGCCAGCGCUCCUUUCCCACCUGCACCCAGGUGUGCCCCCACCAGCAAAGACAAACGCACGCUCAGCAGCAAGAGGAAAGAGGCAGGGCGGCUACGGGCAUGUUGUCGCUACACCUCUGUAUGCACUGCUCCGCUUCUUUUUCCAGACCGUCUCAGUUGCUGCAGCACCAGCGCUCCGAGCACGCCCACAAACCGGCCGGCUUUCUGUGCACGGAGUGCGGCAGGACCUUCAACUCACACAGCAACCUCCGCAUACACCUCAACGUGCACACCGGCGCCCGGCCCUACUCCUGCUCCGAUUGCGGGAAGAGUUUUAGCCAGUCGGGGGCUCUGAAGAUCCACAGGCGCAUACACACCGGGGAAAGGCCGUACUCCUGUGGAUUCUGUGGCAGGGGGUUUCCACAUCUGGCAGGAGUCCGCGCCCAUCAGAGGACCCACACGGGAGAGAAACCCUACCGUUGCAGCCAGUGUGGGAAAUGUUUCACCCAGUCCGGAGCUCUUAAGAUUCACACCCGCAUCCACACAGGAGAGAGGCCCUUCAUCUGCAGCCUCUGUGGGAAAGGCUUUUCCAACCGCUCUGGGAUCCGCUUUCACUACCGCACAGUGCACGGUCUGGCCCCCGAGCAGGCUGGAGAAGCUGGAGCUGGGGGUGCAACUCGGGGACCAGCAGGCCGUGGUUAUCCGCCCGGGCGUCCCAGGACUUUUCCUCCGCCCGGCGUUGGGGUGAACACACCCAACAGCCCGGAUAGCAACUCGCAUACCGCUCCAAAUUCCAGAGAUUCCCCUGUGUCAACUGCUGCUCAUCCCGGCUCGGCUCUGCUCGGCAGCAACGAGGGCAAAUCUCAGCCAGAGGGAGCCAAUCCAGGCAGUAACAGAGAGGGGCUUCUGUACGCAUGUGAGGACUGUGGCCUGUGUUUUAAGGAUGCCCCGUCCAGGAACAGACACCAGACUCUGAUGCACUACUCCUCUGAGGGGAGAGAGGAGGAGGAGGAGGAGGAGGAGGAGGAGGGGAAGAGGCAGAGGAAAGAGUUGAGCAUAAACGAGAGGGUCCAUGAUAACAGUGGAGAGUGAAUGAAUGUUGGUACAUGAUUUAAAA